CUGUGACUGUUCUAAACCGUAUAGAAGUCAUCAUGAAUCCAAAGAGUGAAAUCCUCAUCGCAGUUGUGCUCGUCUUUCUGCUGGCUUGCGUGGAGUGUCAACUGACAUUCUCACCCGACUGGGGCAAGCGAUCGGUGGGUGGAGCAAGUGGAUCAGGAAGCUUCUUUGAGCCACAACAGGGCAACUGCAAGACCUCAAAUGAGAUGCUGCUGGAGAUCUUUCGAUUUGUGCAAUCGCAGGCACAACUAUUUCUGGACUGUAAGCACAGGGAAUAGACGGAAGCAAAUGUGAACGAGGUGGACAACCAAAUGAUUAUCUACUAUUAUUAUAAUGCUCCAUAUAUGUAUGUUUUGUGUUUUAUAUGUAUUAUAUACGAGUACACAAGGUAGUCGUAGUCGGCAUUUAGAUUUAGAGAAGUUUUUCCUCCCCCACUUUUCAUUUCUCUCAGUGUAACAAAAUGUAGCCAUGUACCCAACUCCAAGUCAAAUAAAUAAGCGCAUCCGAAAAUGAUAUAAAACAAAUGUUUGUGAUUGAGCGAUUGACAACAACAUUUGAGUCGAGACCUUGCGCCUGGUUUGAACCGCUUUUUCCGGUCAUAGGUAGAGGUGCUUUACCCUUUCUGACUAUUUCAAGUUCAAGCGAUUUGGUU